AAUGUUAUCAGUUCAUUAGUUGUUGUUUGAUAGACACACUCUGUCUCUAUUAGUUUAGUUUAGCUUUAGUUGGUUGUUGAAUAUUUUGAGAAUAACCAACGUAGUGAGUGUAGAAAAAACCCAUAGAGGCUCGAUCAUUAUUUUAAACGAAACUUUUUCUCUGGGAUACACCACCACCACCACCAUUCAUUCGUCGAUAGAUAUUUGAAGACUUCAGACAUCUCUUAUCACUUGAUUUUUAUUUUUGUUUUGCUGUAUAAUCACACAUCACGAGAUCAUCAUCAUCAUCAUCAACAACAACUACGACGAUAAUCAAUUGGCGCCAUUUAUUUUGAUUAUUUAUUGUGAAUGAAAAUAAAUGAAAGACAUGUCACAACAACAACAACAAGUCAAAUUUCAACGUCAAAUCGGUUUAUUGAAUGGUGUUUGUUUUGUUGUUGGCACAAUAAUCGGUUCGGGCAUUUUUAUUGCCCCGAAAGGUGUCUUUCAAUAUGCCAAUUGUUCAUAUUUCAAUGCAAUAAUAGUAUGGAUUAUAUGUGGUCUAUAUUCCAUGCUUGGGGCACUCUGUUAUUCCGAAUUAGGCACAACUAUUUUGCGCUCUGGUGGUGAUUAUGCUUAUAUCAAGUCGGGUUUUGGUUCAAUGUUAUCCUUCGUUUAUUUAUGGUUAAAUGUAAUCAUAUUGAAACCAGCUGCUCAAGCCAUCAUAUCACUAACAUUUGCCUAUUAUCUUAUUGGAACAUUCACUGCCACCAAUGAUAACAAUGAAACCAAUCAUCAAUGUAGGUUGGAUGCGUCGUCCAAUAAGCAACAAAUUGAAAUUUCCUCACGAAUCAUAGCAGCUUUAACGAUAAGUUUACUCGCAUUGAUCAAUUGCAUCAAUAUCAAAUGGGCAAUAAGUAUGCAAAAUAUAUUCACUUAUCUUAAAGUAUUAGCACUGUCGGCCAUCAUAGUUUCCGGUAUCGCCAUCUAUAUAUUUGAUAAAUUUCAAUUAGAAUCGAUCAGCGACAGCACUAAUUCAUCAUCAUUAUCCUUAUCGAAAAUAAAUAGUUUAUGGAAUGAACAACAAAACGAUGGCAAACAAUUCGAAUCGGACAAAUGUUUGCCAAUGUACUCUUUGGCCAUUUAUUCAGGGUUAUUUGCAUUUGGUGGAUGGAAUUAUCUGAAUAUUGUGACCGAUGAAUUGAAAAAUCCUUACAAAAAUCUUCCACAAGCAGCGAUGGCUGGCAUCCUUAUCUCUACAUUGAUUUAUGUUCUUGCCAAUUUAUCAUAUUUUCUCAUAUUAACACCGAAUGAAAUUCUCGCCCGUGAUGCUAUUGCCUUGACAUUUGGUAGAAAAAUUAUCGGUCCUAUUGGAAAUUCUUUGAUUUCAUUUUCGAUUGCCAUAUCAACGCUUGGCAGUUUGAAUGCCACUAUAUUCACAACUUCAAGAUUAUUCUGCAUAGCAGCACAAGAAAAGCAUUUGCCAUCCAUGAUUGGAAUGUUACAUUAUGAGCGUUAUACCCCGAUUGUAUCUUUGAUAUUUUCCGUAUUGAUUACGAUUAUUAUGUUUGUCGGGCAAGAUAUUUUUUCCUUAAUCAAUUAUUUUAGUUUCACUAACUGGUUGUGGACUGGCGUUGCUGUGCUUUCGGGAAUAGUAUUACGACAUAAUUGUAAGGAUAUGGAUCGUCCCAUACGUUUGCCAUUAUGGUUACUGUAUUUAUUCGUUGUGUCGUGUCUAUUUCUUACCAUAUUGGCUGUACAUAAUGAUUUCCAGAACUCGCUAAUCGGUUUUGCAUUAAUGUUAUCCGGCAUACCGGUGUAUUUUCUGAAAAAUUUUCUCGAGAAAGAACAAUUCAAUUUGGAUUGCGUCAAAGUUUUUCUCCAAAAACUUUUUCUCAUCGUCGAAACGGAUAUGGAUGAUUUGUAAAAACAAAAACAAAAUAAUCAUUAUCACCAAAUACAUUGAGACACAACAUUUAGUUGAAGAAAGCAAAGCAAUAAUA